AUGUAUACAGAGCGCUUGAGACAGCUUGAGGGCGUGGUGGUACCUUCCGAAUCAGCUCCAAGAUUACAUCCUGAUGACGGGCGGAACGAGGAAAAUGAUAAACCGGGUGCACAGUCAGACGAGGCUAGUUAUUCCAUGCGUAAGAUACAUCAACUAAGCAUAUUGUUUUCGUCUAGCCGCGGCUUACGAAUUUGCAGGUUUGGGAAUCGGAUUUGGCAGGUGCGAAGCAACAGUAUACGUCUGCACACACUACCUUUUUCACUGUUACCUGUGGUUUCUAGAUGCAUCCAAACUCAGGGCUUUGCUUUUUUGUGGAAAGGCCUUGGCAGUGUGUUCAUCGUUCGUGGGCUUUGUUUCUUGAGUGAAAACAUUCUUAGCGAAAUAACUUCACUUCCAAAGUGA